UGUCAUUCUACACGACAAUGGAGCCCUUGAGAGUUGUCACUUCAUCCAAAGUCAAUGCAUGGGUAUAAGUGAGGUGUCACAGGCCUUGGCAAUCGCAGCUGACAGCGGCUGGCACCCUUCCAGAAAAAGAACGCACCAGAUCCGAACAUGAUUGCAUCACUGCGCAUGUGCCAAAGCGGGAGAAGCUUCGUCGGGAGCCCGGAGCUAUCCUGACGAGGGAAAAAAAACAUCCAACGUCCGGAACUCACUCAGCACACAUCCCGAUCCCGAUCCACAUCGAACCACUCCGCCGACCGUCCCCCGGUGACCCGCUCGGUGAUCAACAAAUCAACAACAACAACAACGACAGUUCGAGCCUUGAAAAGGAACGCCCAGCUGUUGACCCUUCCUCAGUCAGCCGAGAGGGAGCCCGUGACGACGCUCUUCGCCGCGCCUUAGCUCGGCGUUAACGGAGAGACAACAACCCCGCCAGCGCAAGGAACCUUCGGUGACGACUUUGUUAAAAGAGGUGAAAGGGCGAGGUGGACUGUAGACAGCAUUCUUCAAACCGACACAAUUUCGAUUACUCACGCCGUCAUGUUACGAACAGCCUUCGGGACGCUCGAGGCCCUUGUGGAGCGGAGCGCCUUGUCCAUUACCAGAAAUACCACAGGGAGACAGUUUUGGACGAAACGGAUAUCGGCCAAUACAACCAACGGACUACCAUGGCAUUGGAGGGCGAGGUUGUCACAGCUUAGACAGGCUUCACCAACCAAGCCCGCCUCGAACAAGAGCCCCUCGAAAGCCAUCCCGCGCCAACAACUCAAAAACUCUUUUUUCACAUCACGGCGGAAUUUUCACUCUUCCAAAGCGAGGCGGGGGGAUUCUGAGUCGGCCAAGAAUGGGACUAAGACCACUGGGUCGCUGAGCCUGCGCGCUAGGUUGAAGAAGCUAUCGAGAGAGUACGGUUGGACGGCCAUGGGUAUCUACGUGGCUUUGUCUGUCUUGGACUUUCCCUUCUGCUUUCUGUUGGUGCGGACUGUGGGCACGGAGAGGAUAGCUCAUGUCGAAGAAGUAGUGGUGUCGAAUGCAAAAAAGGUGAUUCCGGAGCGAGUUCAGAAUCGAUGGAACGAGUAUCGCAAGUCUUUGAAGGAAGCAAAGCAAGAGCUCACUGGCAAGGCUGAUGCCGAAGUGGUGGGCCAUGGCGUAGCCGAAGCGGAGGAAGCAAACAAGGGAGAGGGAGCCAGCUUGGCAACCCAGCUCGCGCUGGCUUAUGCUAUUCACAAAAGCUUCAUCUUCUUCCGCAUUCCCUUGACAGCAGCUAUCACUCCCAAGAUCGUAAAGACCCUUCGGGGUUGGGGCUGGCAAAUCGGCAAGCGCCCGGUCAGGCCACACAGAAAGGCAUCUGACUAG